UCAGUUACUUCAAAUUAAGAACUUAGUUGAUUAUUGUUAUUAUUUUGUUUUACAUCAAUAGAAUGGGUUUUUGAUAUUUAUAUAUAUGUAAAUAAAUUAAUGAUGUUAUCUCCAGUUGGUGGCUUAGACAAUGUGGAUCCAUUUCAAAUGCUGGAUAAAGGUAUUCCUGAUUUUGAAAAAGUAGAGUCAAAGAAAUCUUUGCUUGAAAGAAUGCUAGAGUGUUACAAAGAAGAAACCAUGAAGCAAGAUAAAAAUAAGGGAACAGUGAAACAGUCAUAUCUUCUUGAAAAACUAGUCAAAGAAGACUGCUUAAGUGUUCUAAUAGUAAAUUUGUACCCAGGAAAUGAUGGUUACUCUUUGAUGUUAAAGAAAAAAGAUGGUAAUGAAAUAGAAACUGUCCAUUUACCAUAUGAGGAAAAUGAAUUUUUGACAUAUUUGGAUCUGCAAGAGCUCCCUCCACUCUUGGUAGACAUUCUUGAUAGUGCACAAGUAGGCAUAUAUCAUGAUGGCUGUGUAAUUGUGGAAUUGCGAGAUUUCCGCAGAAAUAUCCAUAAAAAUUGUGAUAAAUCAUAUGUGUUACUCAAGCCUACCAGUCAGACAAUCAUUCGAGAUGUUAAUUCAAUGAUGUCUGAUCCCUUAAAAUGGGAUUUAGAAGAUAAGCAAUACUUAGAAUCACAAUUAGUUUUAGCAUUGCAACCUCGAAUUUCAUUGGAUCCUUCACCUAAUAUUUUGACGAUUGCAAACAAAAUUCAGUACCAGUCCAACAAAUGGAACAAUAAGGGUUUGAAAAGGGCUCUUCGACAUUAUUCUCAACCUUAUCUUAAUCGAGCUGUGUUAUGUUCAAAUACCCAAUCACCUGCUUGUUUACGUUUACACGAUUUUAUCAAUUCGCAUCAUGAUAAACGUUCUAUGAAGUCUAACCGAGCAACACAACAUAUAGAUAUGUGGAAACAAAGGCCUGUAACUUUAACUAUACCAUCAAAAAUUGAUGUUAACAGUUAUGCAAAAGUUCACGAACAGCCAAAAUAUACAACAGACUAUACACCUGAAAAGAUUCAAGAAAUUAUUCUUGAAGGAGAAAAAACAAACAAUCGAUCAUAUUUUUGCAGAGUUACAAUUCAGCGGCGAGGAUCAACUGGUGAAUAUAUUGGCGAUUUAUAUUUGGAGGAAGACUACUUAAGUGCAAAGGAUGAAAGUCACAAAGAUGGCAGGUCUUGUAGAUUUUCUCUCGGCAAUCGUCAAACUGCUCAAAGGUAUCUACAACAGUUUCAAGAACUUUAUACUGAAGAAGGUCGCAAGUCAGUGAAAAUUUCUACAUUUGUUGCUAACCAAGGAAAUCAGCAAAAAGUAACUACAGUUGCACAACCGUCUUCUGUUUCAACAACUCCAAACAUUACUUUACCAAAAACUACAGAAUCUACAUUGACUUUAAAUUUGAGUCGAACAUUUUCUCAACCACAAAAUGCAGUUUUCUCUCAAGGAAAUACUUAUAUUCUUGCAAGUUCAGUACCAGGUCUUCAACAGCAGCUAAAUCUUCCCUCUAAUGUUGUAAUGUCACUAUCUAGUUCUCUUGCACAGUCUCUUGUUUCUGGAAAUACCACUUUUUCCAUAGGAGGUAACCCAUACUUUGUUAAUGCCUCUGGAAACUUACAACAAGCUGUUAAUUCUAAACCAAUUCAAUCACCUGCUAAAGUGUGUGGAAAUCAAGUGAUAGGAAAUGAUCUUAAUUCAUUAAAGACAACAAACUACAUUCAGCCAAUAGUAUCUGGAGCGACAAUGAGUGCAUCUCAUGCUCAGCUUACUGCAGUACCCAUUGCUGUGCAAGGAAAUAGUGUUAAUAUUGUGCAAGGUAACAUAGGUGCACAGUUUAUAACAAAGGCAACACAGUCUAUUCGACCAGCUGGAACAACUGGGCAGAUCAUGUUGCAGGUCCCUGGUAAUUUGGUUCCUUUUUCACAAAUGACAAGAGUAGCACAACAAAAGUUGCAAGGCACUAAUAUGGCUUCAGUUAUGAUGCAUGGUAAACAAGUAAUGGUUCAGGGUUCACCAGGAGUAAUUCAAGGUCAAGCCACUUUUAUUCCUAAUCAAGCAGCAUUAAUACCUGGUCUGCAAGGAGCUCAAGCAGCCAUUAUACAAGGAAAUUCUAUCUUUGUUCAACCAAACCAGUCACUGAUAGGCAGCCAACAUCAAGGGCAAACUGUAAUGAUACAAGGGCAAACAAAUCAGCAUGUUUCAAAUUCAGGAACUCUAUUACAAGGUCAAUCUUUACAAGGGCAAGCUGUUUUUAUUCAAGGUCAGCCAAAUACUGGUGGAAUACAAGGACAAACUAUAUUGCUUCAGAAUCAAGGUGCACACCAAAGCCAAAUGCAGUUAAUUACAACAUCGUCUUCUGUUCAGCAGCAAAUACAACUUGUAUCUCAAAUGAAACAAGUUAAUGCAGCAUGUUCAGGCUCAAGAGGUACGAUUACAUCAUGUCGUCCGACAGUUACACCGCAAGUUAAUCUCAUACAAGUGCAACAACCAAAUGUUAAUCAGCAUCAGUAUCAACCUAUAGUAAAUUUUACAGCUCAAACACAAAACCAACAGCCUCGUCCUGUUCUUCAAAAACGGCGUGCAUCAGCUCAGCAACCUGCUCCUCCAGGAAAUGGAAAAAAAAAACCACCAUUAAGCAAACCAUCCUCAAACUGAAUUUGAAUUACUGUUUAUAAAAUGUUUAAAAAUUUUUAAAUGUGCAUCACAGCAAUAUAUAAGAAAAGAGAGAAUAAUGGGGUGUUUCUGUGUGAUACCAAUAACACCAUAAAAUUAUAUUGCACUGUUGAUCAAAUGGCAUUACCAUACAUAGUUAUUAAUAUACUUUGAAGAUAUUAAAACUGAAAAAUUGCUCGUCCAUUAGAAUACUACAAAGAGUUUCUU